AUGGAAGGCCAGUCAGAACCCAUCUCGCUGACCGCUCCGCUUACCAGUUCUGCCCCUUCUCCCAUCCUUUUCGACACAUUGAUCUUACUCGGCCUUCGAGUAAUCUACUUCUUCCUCUCUCGACGCUUCCUUCUUGCCGCAGUCAAUCCUAGACUUCGCACCAUCUCUGAGCCCGAACAAUUGCUCCCCUCAUCGUCAACAACCGAUACCAGAAAGAGCAUUCGAGCAGAUGGAGGUCGAGGCAGUAUCGCAGAAUCAGAUUUAGAUACGGAGGAUGAAGCACUCUUGGGCGGUGACACUCCUUCAUCUUCGUACCCCGGUACACCUACAAGAAGAGAUUCAUCUCUCCCCGGGACCAAUGGGAAAGAUUACUUCCCAAGACCCGAACCUUACCUUGGACCACACUUGUCGUCUCCUGGCCCAUCAACGUCCUCCCUUCCGUCUAUACCUAGAGACGACAACAUCGAAUUACAACAGCUUGGGCGAAAGCUCAAAGAAGCUGGGUCUGGAGUCUCCCAAAAAGUCCUACAACUCAGUCAUGGAAGUUCCAAAGGAGGCGUCCAAGGGACCAGAGGUACGAAGAAAACGACAAGAGGUUUACAUCGGGUUUCAAGAAUACUCUUUGGUGUAUGCUUUGCGGAAGGAUGCAAUUUACUCACUUUGGUGAUAUUCCAUGCUGUGGGACUUUUACAUUCUAGAUCAAGGAGGGUCAACUUCUCCGUCUCUUUGCACGUCAUCCUGGCAAUCGUCCUGUUGAUCGUCCCUCUUGUCCAGUGUCUUUUGCUCACUUACAGAUCAAGAGCUUCACUCCCCAUGACAACGCGUCUUGUAAUCUCGCUCAUACCGUUCACACUGUAUAUCUUCCUCUUCACUCGAAUACCACCGUACAUCACCGCUAUACCCAUCACACCAGCUACACCGCUGCCUACCCCAGUUCUAGAUGUGGAUGACCCUUCUUCAACAGCGACUACUAUCGACGAAGCCAUCGUGCAAUGGUCGACUUCUGGACCAGAAGGAUGGGAACAAGGUGGAUGGCUAGCGCCGAGUUUAGGACGAGUGGUUGUCUUGGGAGUUCUUAUUCUGGGUAGUUUAUCAGGUUUUGGUGCAGUCAGAUCAGCAUGGAACUUCUUUGAGCACGCCAUAGGAGCUGGAAGCCGUUCUGUGUCAGAUUUCGAUAUCCUCCAGGCUGAACGCUCCUUGUAUCGUGUGCGACAUGACCUCGUCUCGAAACGGGAGGAAAUCAGUCGUGUCUCAGCUGCCAGCGGGACUAGCACUCCAGCAAGAGGAGGAUGGAUGGGUAGGAUGUUUGGUGGGCAAAGUCAAGAGGUCGUAUCACUCGAAGCGGAGCUCAGCGGCCUGAAAACAAUGGAGUACCAGGUAUCCAGAUCACUAAAGGCUAUGAAGUUGAGAAAGAAACACCAAGAAUUCGGUCACACCAUGCGUGGCCAACUAUACAACCUUUUCGGCUAUGUGUUUGCUAUCUAUUGUGCUGCUCGACUGAUCAUGUGCCUGCCCUCCCUAUUUUUUGCACCAUUGACCACGUCCCAAGCGUCAUCUGAAGCAGCUGAGGAGGGCAAAGGAAACACCAAUGGUGAUUGGAUCUCGUUCCUCUUGGCUCUGGCAAUCUCGAAAUUACCAACUGGUUUCAUAGAUAUAGACGUUCCCUCGUGGAGUAGAGCAAUCUCGAUAAUACUGACUGGAGUAUUGAUCUUAUCGAGCUUGGCUCAAGUCAUGAGAAGCUUGAACAAAGUCCUCAGGUUGACUAGUAAAACUGUCGGAGCGGGAUUUCUUCUGCUCAGCUUGGGACAGCUCUUUGCGACCUACGUAAUAUCCCUACUCGUUCAACUGCGAACAUCCCUUCCACCAGCACCGCCGGAGGAUCCAUUCUAUAGCCAGACGAACGUCUCAUCCUCAAUCGCUCAUUUGGAUCCUUCUCAGACCGAUCACUCUUUGCUGUCCACACUGCCAGACUUCAGAGUUUUCGGCCGAUUAUUCGAUGUCACUUUCCUCUUCGCGGCCGCCACCACAGCUGUAUAUAGAUACAUAGCAAUGAAGGUCGCCGGCGCGGAUGAUACCGGGGAGAUAUACAGACAUUAG